GUUACCAAGGAGAAACUAGAAACGACACCUUGGAUACAGGACAGGUACUAAGAAUUCAUGGUGUAUACAAACAAACCAGACUAUUGGCUAUAGUAAAGAGAGAUUCCAACAGAUGUUUUGGAUAUGGAGAUAUUUCAGUCAGUAUCCCACAACAUUGUAACAUACCGGUGUAUCUCAUCAAAAGAAAUAAUCCAGUGAAAUGUUCAGCUUUGCUACAUGAAGUUAUUGCCAAACAUAAACUACCAGUCGAAGUCAAGUGUGACACCACAGAGGAACCAGAAAUACCACUAAAAGGUCGUAGAGUGCGUUUAACCGGGGACAUUAUACUUAAAUUGACACAGGAAUGCGAUCUGAAAUUCAUGUAUGGGAACCCAGUUAAUGAAGGACAGUUAUAUCGUAAUGUUAUUUCGAUACCAUAUCACAUGAGCGGUUUAACGUUGACUGCCAUAACAGGGUUGGAAAAUGGUAACCAAGACUACUGGGUGUCCAUCUUACAUUCCAUGACUUAUACAGCAGACAACUACAUCAAAUUUGAAGGCAAAAUGGGCGGAAAUGAUUUUCUCACGUUUUCUACAUCAGCACCUACAUCUACUAUGGAAUAUGAUUUUAUUGGAACCAAUAAAUCUGAUAUGACAAUAAAUAAAACAAAAGACCCAACGUAUGUAUCGACUAAAUCCUCCAUUCAAGACGAACAUCUCUAUGAGGAAAUUCCGGCUGAUAAAAUCAAAUCCUCGGAGCAUAAUAUAUCUAACAACACAAAAGUGUCUUCAGAAGACAGUGAAAUAACUGAAAUUGCAAAUCUUCCAUAUGAAAAUUUCGAUAAAAUCAGUAUUUCAAACAAAACAAUAGUGUCUUCGGAGAACGAUGACAUUGAUGCAAUCUCAAAUCUUCCAUAUGAAAAUUUUAAUAAAUUUAGUUUUUCAAACAGAACAAUAGUGUCUUUGGAGGACUGUGGCAAUACUGAAAUCUCACAUCUUCAAUAUGAAAAUUUAAAGAAAUCAAAUUCGGUGAUUACUAAAUCAAAUUCUGGUGAUUUACAAACAGUUGCAACAAACUCUUCGACAGAUUUAGCAUUUAAAAACAGGGAGUAUCAAAAUACACCAAUAUUAGAAAGUACAAAUGAUUGCUUCGAAACAAAGAAGAUAACGGAUAAGACUUCGCCGAGGAUAAAUAUCGUAAAUACCACAUAUUGCCCUCCUGACGUCGAGAAUUUGUCAGUUCAAGAAUUAGGACAGUAUUUACAUGUUUUGAACUUGGGGAAACACGAAGAAACCCUUUCCGACGCCCUCAUUGACGGAUCUCUUAUCAAAGACUUGGAUGAAAAGUUUCUCCGUGAGGAGUUUGGUUUCACACGAUUUGAGGCGAUUAAACUGAUGAAAUUUGCGCGAGAUGGAUAUUUGCCGAAAACUUCACAAGAAACCUUUUUAUAACGAUCGUUUGCAUUUAUUGAUCAGCAUUUUAAAAAAAAGUACUUUUAUGGUCGAUUUUGUUGAUUUAAUUUAUUCCAUUAAAAAUGUAAAAAAGUAAAAGAUAAGAGUUUCCAAACCGAUUGAAUAUAUUUUGUACAUGUGACCUACAUGGGGGGAUAGAUUUUCUGUAACUUGUACAGUGAUCUUCAUUUAUAACUGCUAUGUCGUCAUUUUGGUUUUCUGUAAGAGAGUUGUAUUAUUGGCAAUCAUUCUACAUUUAAAAAAAAAAUCUAGAUUUAAAAAAACUUUGGUUGAACCUGUUGAAAACUUAUUUGAAACGGGAUAGCACAUUCUCAUUUUACGGAAAUGGUGUUAACCGUGCCCGAAAAUUUAGAAAUGAUCUUUGUAAAUUUAUCGCUCCUUUAAAUAAACUUGUUCUAAAAGGUUACCAAUUCAACACUGUAAUAAGAUCAUUGAAUAUUGUUUUAUUGGUAUAGAUAUUGAUUUUGUUAUCAGUGAAUUUAAAAAUUAA